AUGGCUCCGAAAUUCGACCCGAACGCAGUCACGUACGUGUACCUGCGUCAGUAUGGUGGUGAGGCCGCCCCGUCCUCCGUGUUGGCGCCGAAAAUCGGACCGCUCGGUACUUAACGCUUUUUGCAUUUUUGCAUUCCCGUCAUUUUGGUUGUUGCAUGGGCCAAUUUUUGAGGAGUACUACGACGCAAUCUAAAGCGCUGCUUUCGCGUAGAGAGCAGUUCCUUCUGUGCUUCUUCUCCACGCAUGAAAACUCACAGAAAUCUAAAUCCCCUUCUCUGAAAAACAACAGGUAUGUCCCCGAAGAAGAUCGGUGAUGACAUCAUCAAGAACUCCACCCAGUGGAAGGGCAUCCGUAUCACGGUGAAGCUGACCAUUGCCAACCGUCAGGCCAAGGUCGACAUCGAGCCGAAUGCGUCGUCCUUGUUGAUCAAGGAACUCAAGGAACCCAUCCGCGACCGCAAGAAGACCAAGAACAUCAAGCACUCUGGUAUAGAAAGCGUCUUUGAAUUUUUUUGGCAUGCACUUUAGCUACAGCUACUGGAUCUGCGACUUGGGAACAUAAUAUGGAGUCUUUGAAUUUCCCAUGAGCAUUGAACACUGCGCUCGUCGUUCUUCGUUGUACUUGGAACAAUGAAAUAGAUAACUCGUCCCGCGGCUCUGAUUCUGCCUAAUAUCCGACUUGAAGAAAAUGCAAAAAAUUCCUCCAUCAAACAGGUAACAUCUCCAAGGACCGUCUGUUCGCCGUCGCGCGCACCAUGCGUUACAAGUCCCAGGCCCGUACCUUCAAGGGAACGGUCAAGGAGGUUUUGGGAACGGCUUUCUCCAUCGGCUGCCAGGUCGACGGGUCCAACCCGAAGGACCUCCAGGAGGCCAUCGACAACGACGAAUGGGCCGUCCCGGAAGAGUAAACUGGGCUGGAUCUCUGUUCGUAAUGCGCACCAGCUUUACAAGCCAGAUAACGUGGGAGAGUGCUGCUGCUCUUCCACGUGUCGACUUAUGACGUAAUGUACCUAAUUACCACUACAUGAUGUGUGAACAACAGAAUGCACUACUACUUGCAUACGCAUUAUUGUACGACAUCGAGUGAAGCGGGAAAAUCGUUGCUGAGUAGAGAGGAACACAUGAAACUUCAAGACAAACAUCAGAACAAAGCUCUGUAGGCACGAUUUGCAUCUCAACGAAAC